UCCUCAAAUUCCAUCCACCUACGAAUACAUCUCGACCUUCUCAGCAAACAAACCACCAACCAAACUAGUCGAUCAUCCCUCGAAAAUAAAAGAAAAUGUCCCGCGAAGCCUACCAGGCCCCCACCAUGGGUGGCGGCAACCAGAACGCCUUCGCGACAGACGGCGCCGUCUCGCUGGAGGGUCCUAUGGUCGCCUACCUGUGCGGCGAGUGCAACUCACGUGUGUCGCUCAAGCGGGGCGACCAGAUCCGGUGUAAGGAGUGUGGACAUCGGGUGUUGUAUAAGGAGCGGACGAAGAGAAUGGUUCAAUUCGAGGCGCGAUGAGUGGUUAUCGACUUUGUUUGCCUUUGUUUGAAUUGGUGGAUGACAGAUGGAGCGUUGGAGAAUGAAGGCGGCGGUGGUGGUGGUGGAUAAGGACUUGAUUACGAUUGAUGUGUGUGCAUUCGUUAGGGCGCUUGGAGUUUCACGGUGCGGCUUUUUAUCACAGCAGGAAUAUUAAUAUCGAGAGGAAGGGAGGAAAGACGGCUGAUGGUGGAGAGUUUGGACUGCCUUUGCUACUUUCUCUCUAUGUAGUGGUGGAGCGCCGUUGCGUGACGGUUGAUUUAAAUAUCCAUGCUCGCAUACUCUUUUGAAAAUACCAGAUAUAUUAUUCUUGCUGU